GCUCUUUCUUACACCACACUACGCCCAAGGUAUGUACACCGUCUCCUCCUCUUCACCCCCGACUUCAUGAUGUAUUCAAAAUUAUAGCAUGUAUUAUCCGACGUCGCUUCGGCGAGACUGCGGAACAAAUUUUUUCCUGAUUGAAAUCUUCACAUCUCGACUUGUUAUCUGUCCAUGUUGCGAUGCGCAUCUAACGUGUCUCAACAGGCAUCAUGGCAUCUGCCAAAGCGCCCAAGGGCCACUUCUCUAUCCUGUACUUUGCAGCGGCUUCAACCUUCACAGGCAAGACCAGUGAACAUCUUCCUGCUCCUGUACGAGCUCGCGAUGUCUUCACUAUGCUGGAAGAGAGAUAUCCGGACAUUCGCAACAAGGUGUUGAGCAGCUGUGCUAUGACAGUCAACAUGGAGUACGUUGAUGUCGGGGAGGACGAUGCUGAGGAUGCAGACAAGGAGAUUGUUGAAGGCGACGAGGUUGCCAUUAUCCCGCCCGUGAGCUCGGGAUAGCUCACGGAGUGGUUUAUGUAGUAUGUAGUUAACGAUGUUAUGAGCCAUGUCCUCCACAAUGAUAGCGCCUACCGUAGUCGCGCAAAUAAUGUAUGAUGCUUAGUGAA